UCAAAAUAAAUUGCGAUGUUGAAAUAUGCCGCACAGAGGACGAAUGUUUACUUCCGGUGGAUCUGGGCUCAGGAUUCGGGACAGUGGUUGUUUUCCACGCUUGUUGUUCUGCUCUGUAAACAAAACGGUGUAGAUCUAGGGGAUUCCGUCUGGACUGUGUCUCCUCCAAACACAAAUGAAAAUAUGGAGCAGUUAAGAGAAGAAAUGUCACAUUUACCUCUGAGUGAACUGAAAGAGAUGCAAGAGAAGCUUGGUCUAAAAGCGUUCAAUAAACUUAAACAUGGUCUUGCACUCGGAAAACAAAGUGGGGAUCAAGUUUUCAAAAGAGAAAAUAAAAACAGACCAACAGAAGUGUCAGCUAGACGAGCUGUCCCGCAGAAAGUUUCAGCACCAAAAGAAAAGACAAAAAGAGACCCAAGAUUUGACGACUUGUCUGGAGAGUAUAAUGAAAAAAUAUUUAAAAACACAUACGGAUUUAUUGCGGAUGUGAAGUCAAAAGAAAAAUUAAAGCUGAAAAGAAUAAUAAAGAAAACAAAAGACAAAGACAAGAAAUCUGAAAUGAAACAGUUACUUAAUCGUAUGGAACAACAAGAGCUUGCUGAGAAGAAGAAGGCCAGGAGAGAGGAGCUUGAGAAAGAGUGGAAAAAGAAAGAGAAAGAAAGGGUGAAAGAAGGAAAGAAACCUUACUUCAUGAAGAAAGCGGAAAAGAGAGCCCUUGAGGAAGAGGAAUACAAAAAGGAGCUGGAAAAGAGUGGCAAAAUGCAGAAAUAUUUGACAAGAAAGACAAAGAAAAUAGCCAUGAAAGAAAAAAAGAAACAAUCGUGGACGACGAAGGAUGUGUAGUAACUAUGAUUCAGAGUAAUGUAAAUAAUAUUUAUAUUAAUAUGUUGCAUUUUGUUGUAAAUAAAUUCAUCACAUUGUUUUUAAGUUCUA